AGAGCGGGCUGCAGCUAUCUGCAGGUCACGAAAGAUGGCGGCGGAGGAGAGCAGGUCGAAGCAGUCGAAUCAUAAAAACAGCAUCUUUAAAGAAGGUGGCCACACUUUUAAAUCAGGCACAUCCCAGAUGAGGUGUGAAGAAGAGGAUGACAUGCUGGAGGAGGAAGUGGGUGUGGCCCGGCCUGUGCAGAUUGUAGUGGCAGAUGAGGAGGAGCAUUCAUUCUCCCUGCAGGAGGAAGUGCUGGAGCAGCUGCUGCUGCAGAAGGAGGUCCAGGACCUCCACGUGGUUGUCGUCUCUGUGGCUGGAGCUUUUCGCAAGGGCAAGUCCUUCCUGCUUGACUUCAUGCUGCGUUACAUGUACAAACAGUCAUCUGAUUCAUGGCUUGGCGGAGAGGAGGAGCCUCUGACCGGCUUCACCUGGCGGGGCGGUUGUGAGAGGGAGACCACAGGCAUCCAGGCCUGGAGUGAGGUGUUCGUGGUGGAGAAACCAGACUGCAGCAAGGUUGCAGUUCUACUAAUGGACACACAGGGGGCAUUUGACAGCCAGUCUACCAUCAAAGACUGUGCCACACUGUUUGCUCUGAGCACCAUGACCAGCUCUGUGCAGGUAUACAACUUGUCCCAGAACGUCCAGGAAGACGACCUUCAGCACCUCCAGCUCUUCACUGAGUAUGGACGACUGGCCAUGGAGGAAGUCUACAAGAAACCCUUUCAGACUCUGAUGUUCCUGAUUCGAGACUGGAGUUACCCUUACGAACAUCCAUAUGGUCUGGAGGGAGGGCAGAGCUUCUUGGAGAAACGACUGCAGGUCAAACAGAACCAGCACGAGGAGCUGCAGAAUGUCCGCAAACACAUCCAUUCCUGCUUCUCCAACAUCAGUUGUUUCCUGCUGCCUCACCCUGGGCUCAAGGUGGCCACCAAUCCUCACUUUGAUGGGCGGCUCAGAGAUAUUGAUGGGGACUUUCAGAAUGAGCUGGUGAGCCUCAUUCCAGCAUUGCUUGCUCCAGAAAACCUGGUGGAAAAAGAGAUCGGAGGAGUGAAAAUCACCUGCAGAGACCUGCUGCACUACUUCAAAGCCUACAUGAAGAUCUAUCAGGGAGAGGAGCUCCCUCACCCCAAGUCAAUGCUGCAGGCAACAGCUGAAGCAAAUAACCUUGCAGCUGUAGCAGGAUCCAAAGAUGUGUACAACAAAAGCAUGGAGCAGAUCUGCGGUGGGGACAAACCGUACAUUUCCCCGGCAGAGCUGGAGCGCCGUCACAUGGAGCUACGGCAGGCUUCCGUGCGGCACUUCCGCUCUGUCAAGAAGAUGGGCGGAGAGGAUUUCUGCCGGCGCUACCAGGAGCAGCUGGAGGUGGAACUCGAUGAGGCCUACGCCAGCUUCAGUAAGCACAAUGACGGCAAGAACAUCUUCUACGCUGCACGGACACCCGCCACGCUCUUUGCCGUCAUGUUUGUCAUGUAUGUGGUGUCACUGGUUACCGGCUUUGUGGGCAUCAGCUCUGUGGCCACACUGUGCAACCUGGUGAUGGGAGUGGCUCUGACGGCACUCUGCAUCUGGGCCUACGUUAAAUACUCUGGAGAGUUUUGCGAAGUUGGAGGAUUCAUUGACCAGGUGGCUGAAACCCUCUGGGAACAGAGGACUCCACGAAAGAUCUUCUCCAAACUCUUCGAGGUGGCUCGGAGUCGAGUCCCAUUGGGAAGCCUGAUCCCAGCCCCACGGCCUCGACUCGCCUCAAACAACAACAUCAAGAAGAAAAACUAGCAGCAAACUAUGCCAGUCCUGUCAUGUUUUUUCCCUCCGUCACCUUCACCUUCUGCUCGGUUUAAAAUCAACGGUUUGAGAUGUAUGAAUAAGUUUUCUUUGUUUGGCUGUAGAUGUUGGUUCCUCACCGUGCAGGCUGUGAGUUUAAGGACUCACUGUAGAUCCGGACCAAGUGGUAGGAUGUAUUUUAUUGUCAGUGGGUGGGGUUACAAUUCUUAUUAGUGGGAGGGGCCAUUAUUCUGACACAUUAUACCAGGUGUGGUUACCUGUCAAAUGAUGGCCGCACAUUGAUUCCAUUUCUCUGAAUGAAUGUAAGUAUGAAGAGCAUGACCGCAGACCCUCCUCACUGCUCUCCUCGUGUUUCACCGCCUCGUCUUCAUCAGGGUUGUUUGUCACUGGGUGGCAGCACGAGGAGUCGCCACGACCAAAGUUUACAGCUUUACUCGUAGAAGCUCUCGGACUGAGUGGACUGACAAACACAGGCAGGAAAGGUUUUUAGGACUUAAAAUUCCCCCAAAGCCAACUUUUUCCCUGCUUUCCCAAAUUAGAUGCUUUAAGUUUUGUAUUUGCUCACUUACUGGACUGAGACGAAACAUCUGAAAUUUAAAGCCUUCACGUUUUGUUUAAUUUUAAUCAGUCAUCUCUCAAAUGGAGAAACGGCUAGACUAAUGAAUACUCAAACUUGAAGAUUUAGUCUCAUCACUGAACUGUACUUCAUAUUUCCAGCAGUUUUCUCAGCCUCUGUCAGAUUUCAUCCACAGUCCUGGACCAGGGUAGAAGGUUGUGGAACAGCCCCAGGAUCUCAGGAAUGGUCUUCUGUGGUAAACUGCUAUAGCAGGCCUGAAUAGCACCGAGCUUAUUUGCUUGUUUUACUGGUCCCUGUACUCAGUGAGACCCGCAGCAGCUCACAGCAUCUAGACUCCCAGACUCCUGCUUCCUGAGUUUCUGGCACGACCGGUGUUAUAACAGGCAAACUGUUUGUAUUGAAUUCAGCUGGAUGAAAAGGCAAUCGAGAACUUUUCAUGACUGAAUCACGCAGUAACCUUUGUCUCAGGUUCUGAGAUCGUGAACAUAUUUAUUUCAGGUUUUCUUCUGUGCAACGGCAGCAACAGGACUCGACCCAAAUGUUGAAAUAUCAUUCUAGUAACAGUGUGACACGAAAUUUGAGAGCUGAGCUGCUUGCAGUAGUUUUUUGUGACUGCUGAAAAUGUGUCAACCAUAAAAACUGAAUGCACACCAUGCAUGGUGUAGACCGUGGUGUGAGACACGUGGACAGACAUGGUUUCAGGGUUGCAGUUUUCAUUAAACAAUUUUUUUUGAAUGUUCAGUUUAACCUUUUCUGCAAAAUUGGCUAUGACUUUUGUUUUUAACUCUGAAAAUGACCCUGUUCAUUUUAUUAUGAAACUAGUUGAGAUAGUAGUUGAGCAAUCAUUGCGCCGUGAAUCUGAACCAGUUCUCUGCACUGGCACUGAUGCACCGUUACCUUCACCAACAAGUUUCCAUGAGUUUGUGCAAAUCUGGGGAAGAAGAAUUGAAAGGAAGCAAAACAAACCAGCUCAGCACUGAAGGAGGCCGGCCUGACGGUGGCUGCUUUUAGAUUAGUUUUCAGGUGAUUAUGACUCAGUAUUUACCUCCAGUUACUUUUAAUGCUCCAGCACUGAGUCAUGCUGGGAUACGUGCUUGUUGUCUGAGAUGUAAGGGAGCAGUUAGCCUCCCGUCGGUCCACCAUUUCUUGUCCGCCUCACCUCCACUGGACCCACUGAGAAAGAUGUCUUAAUGUUCGACUGAGUCGAUCGAUGUCUGAAUUAUUUCUGGGUCUCUGGUUUCUACACAUUUCCUGGUAGUUGGUCCUUUUAACCCAACUGCCAGUGUUCAUUUUUCUCCUUCAGUCUAGCUCAGCUGAGACUUGUAGAUGAUUUUUAAUUGGAGGUUUUUGGUUUUGUUUAAAUAUCUUCCCUUCGUCAUUCCUCCUCGUCCUCGUUAUCUGGGCAGAUCUGAUGGACUGAAUCAGCUCCGUGUUUGGGAACUGCCCAAAGCUGUUCAGUGAAACACUAAGAAACUGACUCGUUGGCCAUUCCAGCUGCUGCAUCACGGACACAUGAACACUUAAAGCUGGGUGGGGUCUGUGUUUCUGCUUUCAAAGCCAAAAUCUGUGAAUCGGAUGAAAGGUUCAUUCCAAGUGUUGGCCUUGAUCUCAGGGUCAGAGGUCAUUUUCUUUAAUAACCAUUCCAUCCACAGCAUCACCACUGUGUGCUCUUUGUUUUUAUACGGUUUAGUUUUUUUUACAGCCUCAUCCACACACAGGGCAUGUGUAUGAAAUAUAUACAUAUAUAAAUAUAAAUUUUCUAGACCUUUUUUGUAGCUGGAAGAACAACAGUUGGGUGGUAGACCAGAUUCAGCUCGCUGGAUGUAAAGGAACGCUUUUGUGAUUUGUGGAUAUGUCUAAUAAAUUCCUUUUUAUAUAUAUUUGUAAAUUUAUCUUACAUGAGCACUGCGACUGCACCCCCUGCUGGCAAAGAAUGUUUAUAAUCUGGAUUUUUUUCUUCUGUUGCAUUUUAAAGUUAUUUUCAUUAAUUUAUUUUUCAAUACUAUUAAACCAAACUCCUACACACACCGCGGCCUCGUCCUGUUUUUGGGUGGUUUUCAGCCAGUGAAGAGAUGGAGAAACUGGACCUGAUGAACUGGCAUC